GGAGCUGCAGCUGAGCGGAGAGCCUGCCCCUUGCCGGGCGGUGCCAAAGCCCCUCUCGUUCGCAAGGCAGGGGCUCAGCCACGGGAUGCGGGCGCUUGUUGCUCCAAGGUGGGCGCUGCUGUCUCUGCUGCUGGGAUCCUGUUGCACCAGGAAGCCGCCUGGCAGGUCUCGCCAUGUCCUGCUCAUUGUCGCUGAUGAUGGUGGUUUUGAGAGCGGUGCAUACAACAACACAUUCAUCAGCACUCCACACCUGGAUACCUUGGCCCAGCGCAGCUUGAUCUUCCAGAAUGCCUUUACCUCCGUCAGCAGCUGUUCUCCCAGCCGAGCCAGCCUCCUGACAGGCCUACCCCAGCACCAGAAUGGGAUGUAUGGGCUGCAUCAGGAUAUACAUCACUUCAAUUCCUUUGACAGAGUUCGUAGCCUUCCUCUGCUGCUCAGCAAGGCUGGGAUCAGGACAGGGAUCAUUGGAAAGAAACAUGUUGGACCGAAGACUGUGUAUCCCUUUGACUUUGCCUACACUGAGGAAAACAGCUCUGUCUUGCAGGUGGGGAGGAAUAUCACUCGGAUCAAGCUGCUUGUUCGGAAAUUCCUCCGCAGCCAAGAUGAGAAGCCUUUUUUCCUCUAUGUUGCGUUCCAUGAUCCUCACCGCUGUGGCCACUCUCAGCCCCAGUAUGGAGCCUUUUGUGAGAAAUUUGGCAACGGAGAGACUGGAAUGGGCUGGAUCCCAGAUUGGAAACCCCAGCAUUACAGCCCAGAUCAAGUGCAGGUCCCAUAUUUUGUGCAGGAUACACCAGCUGCUCGUUCCGAUUUGGUUGCUCAGUACACAACCAUUGGGCGCAUGGAUCAAGGCAUUGGCCUUGUCCUGGAGGAGCUACACAAUGCUGGCUUCAGCAACAAUACUCUUGUGAUCUACACAUCAGACAAUGGUAUUCCCUUCCCCAGUGGCAGAACCAACCUGUAUUGGUCAGGCACAGCUGAACCCCUCCUCCUCUCUUCCCCUGAGCAUCCUGCACGCUGGGGACAGGUCACCAAUGCCUAUGCCAGCCUUCUAGAUAUCACCCCUACUGUUUUGGAUUGGUUCUCUGUGCCAUAUCCCAGCUACAGCCUCUUUAAGAAGCGGAAGGUGCAACUCACAGGGAAAUCCCUCCUGCCAGCCUUAUUGUCAGAGCCGUCAUGGACGACUGUGUAUGCAAGCCAGAGCUUGCACGAGGUUACCAUGCACUAUCCCAUGCGAGCUGUGCAGCAUGGCCCCCUGCGCUUCAUCCACAACCUGCAGAACCGCAUGUCCUUCCCCAUUGACCAAGAUUUUUAUGUUUCACCCACGUUCCAAGACCUGCUGAAUAGGACUCAGGCAGGGCAGCCCACCCACUGGAACAAGACAUUGCACUGCUACUAUCACCGAGAACGCUGGGAGCUGUAUGAUCACAGCAUGGACCCCACUGAGAGCAGGAACUUGGCUUCUGACCCUCGCUACGCUCAGGCUCUCCAGGAGCUCCAGGGGCUGCUGUUGAAGUGGCAGUGGGAAACAGAUGACCCCUGGGUGUGUGUACCUGAUGGGGUCUUGGAGGAUAAACCCAGCCCCCAGUGCCGGCCUCUCCACAAUGAACUGUGAUUUUAAUUCCUUACCCCUUGCGGCUGCUAUUGCUUCUCCAUGCAAAACAGAGGCAAAAGGAAAAGAGCUAAAGAAGACUUCUUUACUUGCAAACUCUGCAUUAUGUAGAACCAAAUACUUAUGAGGCUGCAGGUUCAGGAAGGAGCUGCUGUCAAAUGCCAGAUCGUGGUUUCGGCUCACAAAAAAGAGAAGUGCCUGCCAGAAGAAGUGCCUACCAGAAGUGCCUAAGAACUCAAAUUUAUACACAGAUCACCCUUUCCAAAAUGUUUGCCAUCCAAGAGACAACUACCAAAUGGAACAAAACAUUCUGCAGGCAACACUGCCCUAUCUAGAUCAACAGAUGGGCUCGGUUCCCCAGACUGCAGGUUGUUUAUCAGCACCUUUCUAGGAAUUAGAAUAGGAUAGCGCAGAGCUAGCUUAAAACUUCAUAAAGACACAGAUUUGGUGCUCUCACAACUGUCAGUAGCGCACACACAUAGGAGCAUCAUUUUGAGAGCACUGCCUCCCCAGAUUGUAGCAUAUGUGGAAAGCUAGUGAACAGACUGGUAGCAAGCUGAAAAGGAAGCAGUUCUCUGUCUGUAUGCUGGUGUGGUAGAGGCACAUAAAACAGCUGAUCCAUAUUAAAAACAAUCUAUUCAAUUGGGCUGUUAAUCCUGGAAUAAGCAGCCAUGUAGUUGAAAUCACAGCCUGGGGAACAAACAGGGAAGUGAGUGGUUCUGAUGCUGACGUUGCUGGUUCUGAGCAGAGUGCUUCAGUGAGUCAUUCCUUUCCUAAAAGCAGCAACUGGAAGAGCUGGGGAUCCUUUCCUUACUUUAGUUGUUCGUCUUUUCUAACAGAGAAGGUGAGAACUCCCUCAGAUUUUUGUCUCAAGGUCGCUUUUAUACACACCAGCAAGAGGUGGAAAACAUGUACAAAUAUUACCAAGAAUUUUAAUUCAACACCAUUAUAAUUCAAAAAGAGCCAUCUAUUUACAUGCUGCUUUAUAAAAUCAAAUAAAUCCCAACACUUAUUUUAUAAGCUUUAUCUAUAAAAUCAAACUGAUAACGUACAUGGCAAAUGGAACUGAGUAAGAGACAAAAGCUAUAAAACUUUGUGGUUUUUUCUCUGUACAUUAUCUGCAAUCUCAUAUUCACACUUGUAGGAUAUUAACUUGUUGACAGGCAGAAGGAUUCUGGGAUACCCAGUACAAUAAAGUAAAGACCACAUGGUCUCAGAGAUUUAAGGAGACUGUACUGCAAAUAACACAGGAGAUUCACUACUUGUACAUUAACUAUUUGUUAAUUGAGAUUCACUAUUUGUACAUUGUACUUGCACUAUGGGCCAUUUUAAGUUAAAAUAAAAUAGGCUCUUGACAGAGGGGAGGGCAGGUGGGGAACUCCCGCCCUCCUCCUCCCAGGAGUGUGCUCCCACACCAGCUUCUGCCCCAGCCCCAGCUGGACCUACCCAAGGCCACUGCUCCUUGUCCUUGGGGUCCUUGUUUGUGCCUGGCUUGGAGGAAUAGUGGGUGGUGUGCCAUGAGAUGAGUGCCAGGCCUGGCGGGAGAGCAGCUUGUCACCACUGUACUGCCAGGCCCGCUUGUCAGUUGGGGUGAGGGGAGGGUGGUAGGGCAAUGGGGAGGCUGCUGCUUGGUCUGGUGGUCAGGGCAGCUUCCCGCUGCCCUCCCUGCUAGGUCCAGAUUGUUCCUGGGUCGGGGGGAGGUGGAUGGGGGACUGGUUGGAAUGUGAGGGACACAUGGAUGUGCAGGACUCACUUUGUGAAUCCCAGGGACCACCCGUGGAUUUGAAAUGCAUCAAGUGACACAUUCCCGGCCCGCCAGUUAAUUCCUUGACAAAAGACGGCAGUGGUACUUUGUGAGAUCUUAAAGUAUGUUCUUUUUAAUGUGAAAUAUAUGUAUUAAAAUGUUUCAUUUUAA